AUGUCAUCACUUUUAACGAGAAUCCUCCUCUUGGGGUUCACUGGUGUACCAGUGUCCGCCACGGUGUCUUGGACGAGUGAAACCCCAGACAGGCUUCCCCCAUGGGGCCUGGCUCGGCAAGUCUACUCUGAUGCCAUGACCAACCCCAAUGCCUCAGACUCGCAAAUACAUGACAUUCUUUUCAACCCCGCGGAUGGAACCAGCUGGAGCUUCACCUUAACGGUCAAGACAGACGUACCUGUCUCUGCCGACUAUGGUCAAAACCUUGUAACACAGCUGUCCAUACUCUCGCUAGGAACACCUAAGAAACACACGGAGGGACUUGUGAGCAACGUAAAUAUAUUUUAUGAUUCGCUUCCUUCGAAUGCUACGAAGCCAUUGCAAUCGGCCUUUGGUUGCGACUACAUCAGCAGCACUUGCGGAUACAGUCUCACCAACCAGCUGAGCGCUGAUUACGGCGUCCUAAGAGCCAUGCCGGAAGAAUGCUACGAUUAUCUCAAUAGGAGCUCUGGCUCCUAUGCAUUCAGCAAGCUUCUUUGCACUUGGGAGCGAGCUGGCGACUGCUGGGUCUGA